GAGGAAUAUGUGGCGAGUGUUUGAGCACAACGUGGAGGCCAUGAACGGCAAGUUCUCAUACACUGAACACAUCAACCGAUUCGCGGACAUGACUGAGGAGGAGAUCAUCGCUCAGUUCGCGGGCUUUCCGUUGACACCGGAGGCGAGAAAUCGCAUUAAUAGGACAGUCAGUGGCGGACACGAGAGGGGGAGGAAUGGAAUGAAUGGAACGGACGGUAGAGACAGAAAGCCCGUCAGAGAUGAGAACGACGGCAGUUGGGUAUAUGACUGGCGAUCGGUGGGAGUGGUCGGACCCGUCCAGUAUCAGGGUGGAUGCGGUUCGUGUACCCUAUUCGCAGCGGCAGGACUGGUGGAGACCUAUUGGGCCCGAUUGGGACACGGAGUCCAAGCCCUGAGUUCACAACAGAUGAUCGACUGCUAUCCCGACCCCGACUACAACGUGUGCGACGGAGGCGCCGCCUUUGAGCCCAUUUACGACUACGUGAGGGAUAAGGGACUCACAUCGUGGGACGAGUAUCCCUACCAGGCCACG